GCAGCGCCCGGCAGCGGCGCGAGCCCAGCCGGUGCUGAGGCGCGGUCGGACGCGGAGCCUGCGGCCGCGGCCAGCGGCGCGCAGGGGGCCGAGGGCUCGCCCGGAGGCGCGCUGGAACGUGGCCCGCUGCCGCUGGCCAUUCCACGAGGCGCAGCCGGUUGCUGGGCGAAGCGCGAGUACCUCGCAGGCAGCGGCGCAGCGACCCGCCCUCGAGCGGCCGCCCGAGGCCAGGUCCAGGCUCCACUCGACGCCCGCCCGCUCGAGGGCAACUGGCCCGAUCGGGACCUGCUGCUGGCGGCCAACGUCGGGCGCGAGCUGGGGCAUAUCAGAGCCCGCGCUGCCUGGGUCGUCGCAUGGGCGACCCCUUGCACGUCGUUCGGACUGCUCUGCCAGAACUGCGGGCUGGGUGCGCGGAGGGCAUCCCGACCUCGGGGCGACGACCCGGGGCCAGCCGAGCGCCGAGGCAACGGCCUCGGGCACUCCGCAGCCGCGGGCUUCGCUGCGCUUGGCGAGGAGGGCGGCCCGCGGGCCGCGGAGAACCCUCGACGCCCCCGGCCGUUCCGGCAGCUGCCUUUGCGGGGGCUCAUGGCUCAUGGAGGCGCGCACCUCGCGGAGCGCGACGCGUGCCGGCUUGGCCUAGGCCCGCUGGGCAGCCCGAGUGCGAAGCGCAAGCAGGGCGCGCACCUGCUGGGCAACUUCCCGGGGCACGUGCGUUUGGAGGGGCCCCUCACGCUGGAUUGCAACUGGCAGGAGCAGGCAGCGCUGGCGGCGGCCUGCGCGCCGGA